GUAUUCUUUCUUCAUCUACAUCCGGAUCUGCAUUUUGAAAGUUGUGGUUGAAAGUAGUCAAGGUGGUUUAUUUUGUUACGAGGUGAUGUUCUUUCAGCAUCAGAUCGUUUUGGAACUUCUAAUGAAAUUAUCAGGAUUUGGAUCGGUCAAUGUUGCACGAAGUAAAUUUAUUUACCCGUGUGCUUUUGAUGUUUAAUCUAUAAAAAGCAUCCUGCAAGGCUAGAGAGGGGUGAAUUUAAACUGGAAAAGCAGGAAUGAAGCAAAGAUGAAUAGCGAAUCGCUGACCGAUGCAGAAAAACACCUAAGAAAUGGAGCCAUUCCCAAAAGCAAACGGAAGAUAGCCUUUAAGGAUGAAUGCACCAUUCCAGAAAAUCGCAUGGACGGAAGGAAUGAAGAUGAUGUGUUGAGGUAUGAAGUCGCUAUUGGUCAAGUAUCCCACUCUAUCAAUGGCUAUCCUUCAGAUUAUGAGAAGUUGGACCGUACCGGGGUGUCCUCGACCAGUAAUGCUGAUAGUGGCAUCUUCAUAUACGAGACGCCAGAGAGAUUGGAGAGCUUCCCGAAUCCGAUUGUUCAUCAUGUUCAUGGAGACAGCUCGAACAUCCGACAGGCCUUUGGCGAUCUUGCAUGCAGUAACAGUCUUCGCAGAAAGGAAAAUACUGGUGAAGAUACGGGCUUCAAUCGCCAGGACUACUUUACUGGGUACGAAGGUUUGGAAGGUUUAAGAAGCAGUUCUAUGACAAGUGAAAUCGAUUACGUGCUCCCUUCUCAAAAGCGUAGACUUCCCGCGAAAUAUGGAAGUAUUGGUGAAACCCCAUGGGGGACCACUGAACGAGGGAGAUCUAGGAACAUCAAUGAGAGCAAGGCGUACAAGGAAAGAAGUCAAAGAGAGGAUGACCGGCAACAUGGGUUGGAAAAACGGGACCGGAGUAAUCAGGAUCACAGAGGCGACGAAUUUCGACGAACCACCAUGGGUGAAACACCUGCUGAAGGAACGCUCCAUGAACAGCCUGGGCCAAAGAGCGGCAGGGUGAGGACAGAGAGCGACAGGAUGAGGAUAGAUACUGGUAGCAGUGGAUUGGAUGAAGGUCCUGUAUCUAGGAAUCAGCGCUUGUCGAAGACACCGGAUGUGACUAAAGACAUUUCAAAGAAGUGGCCAUUUCUCCUAUGGAUCAUGUUCAAGUUUCUGGGGCUGUUUUGGGCCAGACCCGUCAUUGAGGAGCGAUAUUGCCACCAGUGUUACCGUAAGAGAAUGGAGGAAGUCAGCGACCUGGUCCACAGACGGUCCCCAGAACAGAAACAUACACCAUUAGGUCAUCAAUCGUACUUCCACGCGCCAGAGAUCGGCAUCAAUGAUUCGAUAAUUGCCAAAAAUCCAAACGAGUCGUCUGACUUUCGUCAAGAAUGUGAAUCGAAUCCUUUGCUCAAUGGUGAAGCCCAGGUUGGCGACGCCGAAGUCGACCAUGGACGCGUGCACAGUGGGGGAUACUGCGUCAACGAUCACGACGGUGAUGAUGGCGUGGCAGGGGAAAAGAGUGGGCGAUGUCGAGUUUGUGACGCACUGUGGUGGACAGGGAAGGGACAAUUCUUCAAGUACACAGAUAAAUCAAUUGGUCUGAAAUCCUGGAACCACAGAGGAAGUGGGAUUCUGUCAUUGUUCCUUCUUCUUACUUACCUCUCCCUCAUUCUCUACGAUGCUGGCCACUACGGAAGCAUCUACUGGGGCAAGAAAGAGGAUCUCAUCCGAUAUAUCAGCUACAUGUCAUACCUGAUCUUUGCAGCAAGUACCCCGGCAGUCUGCCUCUUCGGUCUCAUCCGGAAUGCCGUCACUAACCCUGCUCAGUGUUUUAGCCAAUGGCCACGCACCCUCGACAUCAGGUACGUGGUACGGAGACUUCAAUAUCUGGACCUUGAGAGAAGAGGGCUUCCUAAUAAGCCAUUCCUGCUGGCCUGCACAGUAUUCCCACUCCUUAUUGCCAUCUACAGACUUAUGUUCUAUGUUGUACUCUUGAAAACCAGCGUAAAGUUUCAAAGAUAUUUGGCAUGUGCAACAACUGCUAUUGGGCUCUCGCUCUAUGGUUUCUUCUCCUACUUCAUCUACCUUAUGAGGAUCUCAUUUAAAGCUCAUCUCACGCUUGACAUUCACUUCAUACGGAAUCAUGUUGGCCAGUUGGACGUUUGCAGGGCAAAGAUGUCAACCACAGUGCAAGACUUUCUCAAUUUACGACAACUUGCCAAUGGGUUCAUGGUGAUGGUCUGUGGUGUAACAACAUGGGCCAUUGCAACACAGAUAACUUGGAACUACUUGUUAUUCAGUGGCGUCUACCUGGACCCCAACGAGUCUCGCUACAACUGGAGCAUCCAAAUGUAUAUUAACGGCCUCAUGGCGAUGGAGAACACCUUGUUCUUUUUACUUCCAUGUUUCGCCAUUGGUGGCUUCAGUGUCAAUAUCAUCUGGAUCCGCUUCAGGUACCGCCUGCUAGAGCUCCGACGUGCUCGUCACGAGCGUUUCUGGUACCGUCUCCUGCAGUUCAUCAAGGAGCAGGACCCCAUCAAGAGUUCCAUGCAGGUGACCAUGCUCUUUACCCUCAUCGGUCUGUUUGUAGCACUUCAGUUUGGAGAGCAGAAUAUCUAUUACUAUUUCAGUAAUGUUACAGCCCAUAAUAUCAUGCCGAUUCCUCCUAAGUUUUUGCACAACCUUCCUCCCCAGCCUGAAGGUGGAAACUUACAGCAUGUGUUAUUGCCCUGAAUAUUAGCCCAUUGUUGUUUGGCUGAUUAUGCUGUAAUAGGCAUUUUCAAUCCAAUGGGUUAGCAUGGAUGGCAACAGUGGGAUAUGAGCCCAUUGCAUUGAAAUGACUAUUUAGUUUAUUCUCCUUCAUUAAAGGUCAAGUCCAUCCCAGAAAAAUGUUGAUUUGAAUAAAUAGAGAAAAAUCAAAAUUUUGCUGAAAAUUUCAUCAAAAUCGGAUGUAAAAUAAAUUAUGACUUCUCAAAAUUUUGUUUAUGCAGAUGAGACAGACAAUGAUGUCUCUUACUAUUUCUUUUGUUUUUUGUUGCUUUAAUUCUACAAUAUUUCAUUUUUACAGAUUUGACAAUAAGGA